AUGUUAAAAAUAAACGUUUACAGUAAUAAGAUACUGAUAAAAAUCGAAACGCUAUUAACAACAGUAACUCGUAGUAAAGCAACCUUUAAGUUCUCCAGUAAAACAGCAGUGAAUUUAUCCUAUAAGAUUUAUGGUGAAACACAUUCCGAGGAGCCAACGAUACUGUUGCUACACGGCCUAUUAGGUACCAAGAAACAUUGGGAUAGCAUCGGUAAAACAAUACUAAAUGUUACAAAGAGACACGUGGUCUCGGUAGAUUUAAGAAAUCAUGGCGACAGUCCACAUACCACCUCACACAAGUAUGAGGACCUGGCCGAAGAUAUACUAAAAUUACUUGAUAGAUUGACCGUUAACAGGGUGAGCUUUGUGGGGCACAGUAUGGGCGGUAGAGCCGCCAUGACAGUCUCGCUUUUGGCGCCAGAAAAGGUGGCUGGGCUAUUAGUUUUGGAUAUUUCACCGAUAUCAAACUCGAAACAAUUGACUGAGUAUUUACCGAGCGUUUUACAAGCCAUGAGAGAAGUGAAUUUUAAAAAUCAGGUAAAGAUAAACACAGCGAAACAAAAAGUAAAAAAACAAUUACAAAGUAUUAUCAAAGAUGAUAUUUUGAUGAAAGCUGUGCUGUCGAACGUCAAAAUGAAACCGGAUCACACAAUCGGCUGGGCAUGCAAUGUUGAUAUUUUGACUAAACAUUUUAAAUAUAUAGCAUCGUUCCCAGUGGAUAUGAAAAGGAAAAUGUACUAUGGACCGACUUUGUUCAUCGGUGGGCAGCUAUCGGAAUUUCUGCCUCCAGAUGACCUGGUGGGGAUUCGUGAAAUGUUUCCCCGCGCCGUCAUUACGUAUGUGCCACAAGUUGACCACAACGUUCACGUCGAAGAUCCGAAAACCUUCUUGGAACUAGCAAUAACAUUUCUUCGUACCAAUAAAUAAUAAAAUCAAAA